AUGGCGGCUGCGCUUCCUGAUGCCGAGGCUGUGGUCAAAGAUUUGCCGCCAAAGGAGCGGGGGCCGCGCCCUGCCAGCAAGGCUCAGGCCAAGCCAAAGCCUAAGGCUGCUGCGGCUCAGCGCGCGCAGUCGCCAAAGCCGCAGGCAAAGACAGAGCCGAAGGCAAAAGCCAAGGCGACUGGCAAGGCAAAGGCGCGGGCCUCCUCGGAGCCGCCUGCGCCGCGUGCAGGACGUUCUGCGCGACAGGCAGAAGCACGACCCCAGCCCAAGCGUGCAAGUUCGGCUACUCGAACACCUGCAGCAAAGGCACAAGCUUCGGCAAGAUCACGCCCGCUGAAGUACGAUCACGAAGGCGCCAUGCCGAUCGAAGAGGUUCAGAUGGGAGAUGUCUUCCAGGGCCGCGUCACCAACGUAAGCCGCUUCGGUGUCUUUGUUGACAUCGGCGCAGUCAGGGAUGCUCGCUUGAACGUCACGAAAGAAAUCGGGCAAUGCUUUCGAAUAGGCGACGAAGUGGAGGACUGUACCAUCGACAAUAUGGAUGUUGAGUUGGGUCGCAUGAGCGUGUCCAUACCCGAUCCAGAGGCUGCAGUGCGCCACCUGCCACCGAAGGAGAGGGCUCCAAAGGCAGCUGCACAGCCAGCACGGCCAGCACCAAAGGCCGCUGCCGCCCGGGCGCAAUCGCCCAAGCCGAAAGCAGCACCAAAGGCAGCCACGAAAGCGGCAGCAAAGGCUGCGCCGAAGGCAGCGGCGCCGAAGGCAGCAGCGCCAAAGGCGGCAGCACCAAAGGCGGCAACAUCCAAGGCAGCACCGAAGGCCAAGGCGACCACCACGGCCAAGGCACGUGCUGCGUCACCGGCGCCCGCAGGGCGACGUGCCGAUGAAGGCAUUCCCAUCGAGAAGCUCCGAGUUGGUGCAAGCGUGGAUGGUAUUGUCACGAACAAGAACCAGUAUGGCGUCUUUGUGAACAUCGGAUGCACCAAGGAUGCCCGCCUCAAUGUGUCGAAGGAACUGGCCAAGGAUAUGCGCAAGGGCGACGAGAUCUACGGCAUGCUGAUUGAGUCUGUGGAUUUGGAUAAAAACCAGAUUGGUUGCUUCCUGGAGGACCCGGAGCUCUUCGUGGAGGAGGAAGCCCCUCCACCUCGGCGGCCACCGCGGCGAUGA